GUAGCGAUACGAAAGGCAAUCGAGAGGCAUUGCAAGAGGCACACACAGGCCAACUCGCCAGCAGUAUAAUGAAAAAGUACAAAAGUGACUACAUGAUACAACAGCGUGCUAUGGCGCUUAGAGAUCUCGUGAAGAAAGGCCUAUUUGGCUAA